AACUUCUAUCCAUUUUAUCACAACUCCAAUUCCAAAUAAUGGAUCUUUUUAAGCUCUCCCUCUUCCUCUUCUAUGUCUCGAGCUUUGCGAUGCUUCCUUUAUUUCUCGCUCAAGAUUCUCCUCAAGACUAUGUCAAUGCUCACAAUGCAGCCCGUGCCCUUGUUGGCAUUGGGCCGGUCAAGUGGGACGAAAGGAUAGCUAGAUUUGCUCGACAAUAUGCCAACCAACGUAAACAUAAUUGUAAGUUGGUGCACUCUGGCGGACCAUAUGGAGAAAAUCUUGCAUGGAGUAGCUACAACUUAUCAGGCAUUGCUGCAGUUUGGAUGUGGGUCACCAAGAGGCAAUAUUACAAUCCUCGCACCAAUACUUGUGCGGCUGGCAAGGUGUGUGGCCAUUAUACUCAAGUGGUGUGGAGAAAGUCAGUGAGAAUUGGAUGUGCCAAAGUGAAAUGCACAAACAAUCGUGGUACGUUCAUCACUUGCAACUAUGAUCCACCGGGCAAUGUUAGAGGUCAAAGGCCAUUCUGA